ACCAGUCCGACUCCCUCCUCCUCCUCCUCCUCCUGCUGCUGCUGCCAACCCAGAACCCGUCGAGCAGAGAAGGAGGAAGCGUGGCGGCCAGCUUUGUGGAGAAGCAUGUGAUGACUCACGCCAGGCAGACCACGUCCCUCAGGCAGAGCCCCUGCAGGGUGGACUGGGGGGACAGCAGCCGUCUCUGGCCCCAUGGUGGCACCAUGGGCGGCGCCUGGCCCGAGCGCACGUUACGGUUCGGCAGGACGAAGAAAAUCAGCGACAUCGCCAAACAGGGGAAAGCCUCGGGUGUCCGGGUGAACGAUAGGAGGAGACGAGCAAUAACGACAGAUCAGAGCAGACAUUUUGACCAGGUUCGAGAAAAGAAACGGGACCGGAAGUCGUACCCUCUACGGGGGAGGGCCGGGAAUUCAGAUGAGGAGGGACGCAGCUGCCACGUCCUCCUCACGCGACUGGAGGAAAGCUUACGUGAGAAGGAAGGGGCUAAAGACAAGGAAGGGAAGGAUGCUCGCAAAUCCAAAAAGGGGAGACGCAAAGAAGCAAAGUCGUUACCAAAAAGCAAAUUAAAGCAGAGCAGCCCGAGUUACGGCGAGUGCUCUGGGCUGGGAGGUCUAGAGCCACGCAAGCGCAGACUGGCCUCCCUCAACGCCGAGGCCGUCAACACUCUGCUGCUGGAAAGACCCACCGAUGCCCAGCCCGCAGCCAAGCAGGCCAGGAAGCAGGAGGAAUCCCCGGAUGGAGGGCUUUCCCCGGGUACAGAUGCAACCAGUGGCGGGGUCUCCGGAGGCCCAAAGGCUUCACGAAGGAACAUCAGUAAAGUCUCCACAUCUCCCAAGCGUCAGCAUUGCCAAAGCUCUAAGCUGAUCAAGAAGGCCAAAGUUAAACAAGUCGAUAAAACAGCCGGGCUGAGCCAGGCGUGUUUGGAUGCUCCUGCACCCAGACGACUGGCUGGACUCAACGCCGCAGCUCUGCUGAAGUUAACCAGCUCCUCCGCUACCAGUAAGCAGCGGGUGAAGGCCGCGCCGACGGCGACUGUCAGCUCGGACGGUGCAGCGGCUCCUGCCGCGGCCUCCGCCCCCAAGCAGCAGCCCCGGGUCAGACUCCAACACAGGGAGCAUGUGCAGAAGCGGACGGGGAAAACAGCCACCCCCCGACCCGUCGGCUGCACGGCCUGCAAGAAGAAGGCCGACUUUGAGCCCAAGGUGGAGUGGGAGGCGGGCAGCUGCGUCCGCCGCCUGACCAAGCCGGGCUACCAGUCUCGCAGCAUGCUGGCGUACCCGCUGAAGCAGGUGAAGGAGGAGCCGCUGGAGACGGAGCUGAGCCCGUACUACUGCUGCCCCCCCGAGGGCUCGGUGGAGUACUGCCACCGCCUGGCCUUCUUCCUCAGCCAGCAGCCCUACGGAGACUCGGACGAUCCCUCGCUCAACUCAGCCAUGACCCCCGUGAAGCGCGAGUGCCUCGUAACCUCCCCGUCACUCACACACCCCCACCCGCACGCGGCCCUCGCCCUCAGCCCUCACCCCUGCCUCUGCGCCGCCGACCCCUGCUUCUCCAGCUACUACGUCCACAUCGCCCACCCGACACACACUGGAGCGUCCUCGGCCGCCCUCUCCUCGCGACCUCUCAACUUCAGCCCGUCGAGCUUGUACCCCAACCGGGUGACGGGCUCCAAGCUGCUGGGGCCGCAGGUGUCCCACUCCUCAGGGCUAGCCCACCCUGCUUACUACAACUCUGUGACUUCCCCGUGUUACGGCGAGGCCUGCGGGAUCAGCGGCUACACCUACAGAUCGAUGCCGCCGGUCACGAGCAGAGGCUGCUCUUUCAACGCAGGAUGUACUGGAUGCACACACGGCAUCAAGACAGAGGGUUACUCCUCCCCUCAGGGUGAUCACAACCCCUCCCUUCUGGUCGCCCCCUCCAUGCCCCUCUCCAGUUACCCUCUCCCCAGUGUGCCCACUUCCACUCAGACUAAACCCCACCUGCUGACCCCCCUGUCGGGCCUAGACCCGCCCCAGGCCCGGUUAAAACUGGCCAGGGAAUGCCCGCAGAGCCCCCAGGCCACCAACGGGUCCCUGUCCCUGGGCCGCACCCGGCUCCCCGUGAACCAGACGUCCCCCGUGCCGAGCCUCGGCAGCAACAAACAGAAGAAAGUCAGUCGCAGACGAGCCACCAACGGCUGGCGGCCGGUCGGAAUCCCCACGGAGAGGGAGGUCUUCAUCGCGGGGGAAGAGGAAGCAGCCAUGCGGCAGUGUUAUGAAGGAGUGGAGAGGGACGGAGAAGUGAUUCACGUUAGAGACACGGUGCUGCUGCGAUCCGGCCCCAGGAAGAAGUCCCUCCCAUACGUCGCAAAGAUUUCAGCGCUGUGGGAGGACCCCAAGACAGGAGAGCUGAUGAUGAGCCUUUUCUGGUACUACAGACCCGAGCACACUCAGGGAGGCCGAGAUCCCCGCACACACUGUGAGAAUGAGAUCUUCGCCUCUCGCCAUCAAGAUGAGAAUAGUGUCGCCUGCAUAGAAGACAGAUGCUACGUUCUCCCACUAGCCCAGUACUGUAGAUUUUGUGCCUUGGUGAAGCGGCGUGCCGAAGGCGCCCCUCCUGGCAUCGCCAGCAUGGUGCCGCUCUGCCCAGACUUCGCCCCCCCCUCCCACCGCUGUGUGCCCACGGACGUCGACCCCGAGUUGGUGUACCUCUGCCGGCACGUCUACGACUUCCGCUACGGACGCAUCCUGAAGAACCUGCAGUAGAGGGCGGCGGGCCGUCGCACACUUUUUUUGGAAUCAAUGGUCAUGUUGCUCCGCCUCCCUCGCGGAGGAGCGAGGGAGGGAUGGAGGGAGGGGCGCAGGAAGACGGAGCACUCCCGUCUCUUCUGCUGAGCGCCUUUCC